GCGCUCUUCGUAGUUCAUGCAUGCAUGGCUCUGCAAAUGGACACACACGCUCUUGCUCUCCUCUGCCUCAUCCUGCUGCUCCACGGCGGCGGCGGCUUCUCUGCCAUCUCCGGCGGGACCAGCGACGGCUCCGAGCGCUGGGGAUACGUCCAAGUCCGACCAAAGGCGCACCUGUUCUGGUGGUACUACAGGAGCCCGCAGCGGGUGUCGACGCCGGCGAAUCCAUGGCCGACCAUCCUCUGGCUGCAGGGCGGCCCGGGAGCGUCAGGCGUCGGGCUCGGCAACUUCUUGGAGGUCGGCCCGCUGGACGGCGGCCUGAAGCCGCGAAACUCGACGUGGCUGCAGAGGGCCGACCUCAUCUUCGUGGACAACCCAGUUGGUACAGGGUACAGCUACGUGGAGGACGACGCGCUGCUCGUGACGACGGACGGCGAGGCGGCGGCGGACCUGACGGCGUUGCUCAGGGCGCUGGUCGCCAGGGAGCUCCCGGCCCUGCGGGACAGCCCGCUGUUCCUCGUCGCGGAAUCCUACGGCGGCAAGUACGCCGCCACGCUCGGCGUCUCCCUCGCCAGGGCCGUCCGCGCCGGCGAGCUCCACCUCACGCUCGGUGGCGUGGCGCUCGGCGACAGCUGGAUCUCGCCGGAGGAUUUCGCGCUCUCCUACGGGCCGCUUCUGCUGCAAGUGUCGAGGCUGGACAAGAACGGCGCCGACAGCGCGAGCAAGAAAGCACAGGUGGUCAAGCAGCGCAUCGAGGCGGGACAGUUCAGGCUGGCGCAGUACGCUCUCGGCAGCAUGCUUACCUCGAUCGUCGCGAGCAGCGGCCACGUGGAUGUCUACAACUUCAUGCUCGAUAGCGGGAUGGACCCGGUGGCCACUCCGGCGAGGAGCUUCCCGCCGGCGUACUCGGCGUACCUGGAUAGCAAACUGGCCGUCGGAGAUUCCAUUCGAGACAUCAUGAAUGGUGUCAUCAAGGAAAAGCUCAAGAUUAUCCCCAAGAACGUCGUAUGGGAGGAGCAGUCCUACACGGUCUACAAUGCGCUGAUCAACGACUUCAUGAAGCCAAGAAUUCAAGAGGUGGACGAGCUUCUGUCAUAUGGUGUCAAUGUGACAGUGUACAAUGGACAGCUCGAUGUAAUCUGCUCAACCGCCGGUGCGGAAGCCUGGGUUCAGAAGCUCAAAUGGGCAGGGUUGAAUAACUUCUUGAGCUUACCAAGGCAGCCUCUUCAUUGUGGCUCUAGUGAAGUAACAAAAGGCUUUGUCAGAUCCUACAAAAACCUGCAUUUCUACUGGAUCCUUGGAGCUGGGCAUUUUGUGCCUGUUGAUCAGCCUUGCAUUGCUCUUGACAUGAUUAGUACCAUAACACAAUCUUCAGCUCUGUCUCAUCCAUAGAACUAUAGAAGUGGAUGAAUAAAAGGGAUGAAAGGAAAAGAAUUUAACCCAGAUUGGUUUUCAUAAGCAUAUAUAUAUGAUGGUCUAUAAGAAGCAAGUUACAUGACAGCGCUCGCUGGAUCUUUUUCUUUUGUUGUUAUAACAUUUUGUUUAUUUCAUAAAUCAAAGAAUACGAUUAUGUGUACUUCUUUGUAUGUUACUGAGAAUAAAAGGCUGUAUUCUUCAUGAUGAUACGGUGUAGAAGACAUCUAUG